GUCGCAGAUUUCGAGUUGACUAUUAAUACUGAAGAGGAUGCUUUUUUUGUUAGAUUGCACAAAAAUCAAUUAUCACCAAAAUCAAACGGUCAAGCAACAGCAAACUUACUCUUUUGUUUUCAAGAAGCUGUUCCUCGAUACUAA